AAGCUGCAGCUGCUUAAGCUUCAAGAUCUCAAGUUCGAGUUGCGUCAUGGCCCUUGCGAGUGGCCGUCGCGAGUGGGAAGGACAUGCAGGGAUUGGGCAUGUCCGGGCGCAACGGGAUCGUGAAGCAUUGCAAGUGGCAUCAGCACUCAUUGCAAAGGCUGCACGCAAGGGCGCGCGAUCCGCUCGGCCACCAACUCGAGCUCUUCAGGAUGGCUUGUCAAAGCCGAAGCUCCUGGAUGAUGGAUGUCACGUCAUGGAUGCGGCUGAAGCUUUGCCAGAACAUCAGGAUGCGAGUUGCGACACCGGCACGAGUUGCGACUCUACAGCGACCACCGGUGAAAGCGAGGAGAUCGACGUGCAGUCGUGGAGAGCGGUUGGGUGCAAGGUGCUCCAGGUUCUCGAGGAACGCGACAAGCUCGACGAGCUCGAGGUGGUGCCGAUGGAUGAGCCGGCGGCGAGUGGAUUGCUUGGCGCCACUCACUCUCAACUCACUCAGGAAUCCCCUGCUCUUGCGACCAUGUUGCCUUCGGGUCUUGAUGAGCGCUGGGCGCAGGAGAUGCAGAUCCCACUGGAGCACCUCAAGGAGGCGAUCCGACUCUUACAGGAGGGCUAUGCCAUGCCCUUCAUCGCCCAGUAUCGCAAGGAUGCGAUCGGCCUUCUGUCGCUGGAGCAGUUGAACCGCCUGCAGAGGAGGCUGGAGCAACACCAAGCCCUGGAGAGGAAACGCCAGGAGGUGGCCCUCGCUUGGUCGGAGAUUGGAUGCGAGCCGCCUGCAGACAUCCAAGCAAGCCUCCUUCAGUGCACAAGUCUGGAGGACCUUGAGGAGCUCCAAUGCAGCGCCAAGCGCUGCCAUGCUGCUGGUUCAGCGCUGACCCUGGAGCAGCUGGACCAACUCUUGGCACGAGCUGAGGAGAUCCCAGACUGCGAAGGCGGGCAAGACUUCGAGAAGCUGCCAGUGGAUUUCGUGGAGGAGACCAUGCCAAGCCAGGAUAUGGAAAUACCAAGAAAGGCGGAGGAAGAUGAUGCUGAAAAGAAUCCUGAAGGUUUGAUUUCAUGGCCUCACGAUUCGGGACGCUGAUUGGAACCUGUACUAUAGUCAUCAAAAGUCCAUGCACAUGCUUGCCGGGCACAUGCUGGGCACGUGCCUACCGGCACAUGCUUGCCGGUAGGUGAAGCGCAUUUGGCCACUCCACGGAAGACCAAGCGCCCGCGCCGGGCGGCGAAUUCGAUCGGCACGAGACAAGACGAAAAGCUCCAAUCACCAAGUUGCUAAAAGGGAUCGGUCGAAAGGAGCAGCGGAGCUGCUU